AUGGCGUCCUCCGCCCCGUCUCGUACUUCGUCAGGGAAGCGAGUGGUGAAUCAGGACGAACUGCGGCGGUUAAUGAAGGAGAAGCAACGUUUGAGCACCAAUCGGAAACGGAUAGAAUCUCCAUUCGCAAAAUACAACCGUUUAGGGCAGCUGAGUUGUGCCCUGUGUAACACCUCGGUUAAGAGCGAGCUUCUGUGGCAGACUCACGUCCUGGGAAAGCAGCACCGAGAGAAAGUGGCUGAGCUGAAAGGCGCGAAGGAAGCCACCCAGGGAUUGUCCACCAGUGCAGAGCCUCUGUCCGCCAAGAGGAAGGCGCCGGACGCAGAGAGCCAAGAUGCCAAGAGAGCAAAGGCCUCCACGGUGCUUCAGGUACAGCCGUCCACAUCUGCUUUGCCCACGAACUUUGAUAAAACAGGAAAGGAGUCCACUAAAGCAACCGCCAGUAAGGCUUUAAGACUCGGUUUACUCCCUGAUUAUGAGGAUGAAGAAGAGGACGAAGGGGAAGAGGAGGGAGCAGAAGGAAAAAAGGAGGACGCUACCAGGGUGCCGCCGGACGCACAGGGCAAGGAACACUCACUGCCCUCCUCGCGGGAGGCAACAAGUAGUGUGCUGCCAAACGAUUUCUUUGAUACAAAUCCUCCCAAGGCCCCCUUAAUCCCUCAUUCAGGGUCAAUCGAGAAAGCAGAAAUACAUGAAAAAGUGGUGGAAAGGAGAGAAAACACUGCGGAAGCACUACCGGAAGGUUUUUUUGACGACCCCGAAGUAGAUGCGAGGGUACGAAAGGUUGAUGCCCCAAAGGAUCAGAUGGACAAAGAGUGGGACGAAUUUCAAAAAGCCAUGAGGCAGGUCAACACUAUUUCUGAAGCCAUAGUGGCUGAAGAGGACGAGGAGGGACGGUUGGACCGGCAGAUUGGGGAAAUCGAUGAGCAGAUAGAGUGUUACCGUCGGGUGGAAAAGCUGCGGAAUCGCCAGGAUGAAAUAAAACACAAGCUUAAAGCAGUUCUGACCAUAAAAGAACUGCAGAAAAAGGAAGAGGAGAAUGUUGACAGCGACGAUGAGGGGGAACUGCAGGACCUGUUGUCUCAGGAUUGGAGGGUGAAAGGGGCUUUGUUAUAGGGUUCCAAGGACCCAAGAUUUUUAACGGCCUCUACGUUUAUAUGGAAGACACUGUCUCUUGGUGUGAUCUCGGUUACUCCAUGGCUAGAGGCUUGUCUGCCUAACCCGCUUAUUGAAAUAAAAAGAGCCUGUGAGGGACAGCACUUUGGAAAACCGGUGUAAAAUACUUUUGAGGUAAAGUUGUUCUUCAAGUUUUUGAAGUUUUUCACACAUUUACAGGUUUAAAUGUAUGACUUUGAGCUGUAAAAUCUGUAAGCUGUAAAUAUUGCACAUAGCUAAAUAUAUAUAUUUACUUAAGUAA